AAGUGGUUCGGCAAAGUGACGGUCACUUGUGCCGGAGCAGUUGCGCCGUUGCGUGUGUUGUUCUCGGGAAGUUAUACCAUUUCUCUGGCACAAGUGAGUUCGAAGAUACCAUCGGCGGUGAUGAUGUCACGUAAAUGAAGAAGAAAAUUGAAUCGUCACUGGAAACUGUCGUCAGUGUUGCUUACUCGACCGGGCAACUGUCUUCAAUUUGUAUGCCAUAAUGGCUCUUAGCCAGACGAGCGUAUUAAAAAUGUACAACACCGUGAUAGAGGAUGUGAUAACAGGAGUACGAGAAAUCUUUAUAGAUGAGGGUGUAGAUGAACAGGUUCUGCAGGAACUCAAACAAUUAUGGGAAACAAAGUUGAUGGCCAGUAAAGCUGUAGAACUGAAUCCAGAUCCACCAGAGCCUCAAGUUCCUCCAAUCAACACACACAAGCCUGUGUCAAAAGUGCAACCACAGCAGCAACAGCCACAGCAAGCUCAGGCGCAGGCACAACAAGCAUCACAAGCUGUUGCUACAGGCUCAGCUUUACAAUUACAGCAGCAACAGCAACAACAACAGCAGCAGCAACAGCAGCACCCUGUAACAGUGCCUGUGCAACAAGUGGUGAAUUCUACCCCAGCUGCUGUUUUAGAGAGACAAGUACCCUUACAAAUCACCUUGCCUGCAUCAGCUGGCAGUAAUGAAAGUCCGAGAGUCUUAAGUAUACAAGUUCCUGCAUCUACGCUUCAAUCAAACCAGCUGCACACGAUCUUAACAGGCCCGGUAAUUUCUGCUGCAAUGGGUCUUCCGACAACUUUAGCUUCGACGCUGUUACAACAACAUGUAAAUUCCACAUUAGCGGGACAAGCAGCAUUAACUCCGUUACAAGUGAAUCAACCUCUUCAAGUGGUCACACAAAAUAAUAAUGCCACACAAAGACCAGCUCAGAAUCAACAAAAUAUAAAUCAGUUAGAUGGUGCAGUAGGUGAUUCUACUGAUGAAGAUGACGAUGAUGAAGAGGAUAACGAUGACGACGAUGAAGAUCUUGAAGAAAAAGAAGAGGAAGAAAAUGAAGAGGCAUCGGCUCGCGAAGAGGAGCCUCUAAAUUCCGAGGAUGAUGUCACGGAUGACGAUCUAACUGAUCUUUUUGAUACUGACAACGUAGUCGUUUGUCAGUACGAUAAGAUCACGAGGAGUCGGAAUAAGUGGAAGUUUUAUCUGAAGGACGGUAUCAUGAACUUGGCUGGGAAAGACUAUGUGUUCCAAAAAGCAAACGGCGAUGCUGAAUGGUAAUUCUGGAUGUGACGUGUGUAACGUGUUGUUGUCUAUAGUGAGCCUGACCCGGACACAGAAAUUAAACUUGAUAAUGUGUGUUUACUCGAAACCGCAUUUGAGGACUAAUCUCUAUGAUGAUUUUUAAAUUAAUUAAUUAAUUGUGAAAAAUUGUCGCGUGAACGAAAACGGGCAAUGAAUCGAGAGAACAAUGAUAAAAGUUGCCACAUUAUCAUGAAUAUCAAAUACGUGUUACAUUUUAGCCCUCUCCAAAGAGACCUGAAGUAAAUAAUCGGAAAUCGGAGUGCUGAUUUCAGGAAUAUAUGUUUGUCGAAUCUAUAAUUGAUCUUGAGAAAGAAAAAAUCAAGACUCUCGUCAAUGUUUUAUGUGCUAGUUAUAAUAUUGAGAUAUUUGCAUAAUAUUUGCAAAGUAAUCGUUAUAAUUUUUUGUUGAGAAGUGUUCUCAAGACUGAAAGCUUGUGCAAGUUGGAUAAAGACGAGAUGCGUCCUGUUUUGGUGUAGUGCAAAUUGCAAAAAUAUUUAAUAAAAAUUAAACAAGUUAUAUUGUUAACGAGAACUUGUUCGUGAACCUCAAGAGAAUCAUUCUACAAAAAAAAAAAGAUAUCAGCUUUUACCUGAUCAAAAGUGGAAGUGAGGACGCUGUACGAAAAAUAUCACAUUGAUUGCUAACCGGGAUACUGUGUACGGAUUCGGUACAUCACAAAUACUGACCAGGAAAAUAUUCUAUAUAUAUAUUUACUUAUAUAAUGUGUAUAAUAUAUAUGAUGCGUAUACUACUUCUGUAAGAGAUUCGAGUUUGAGAUUGAGAUCGCUUCGAGAAAUGAAGAAGAAUCAAGCCUGCAACUUUUCAUAUAUUGCGAAUCUUUGCAUCGCAAAAUAUUUACACGCCACAGUAUGUUACCGAUAACGAGUUUAUCGUUGCAAAUUGCAGAAUGAGAGAAUAACUGGUCUGUCAUGACGCGUGUAUUCUUGGUAUUCGCGAUAGAUGAGGAAAAACGAAGUAAGAUAAGACGAAAGGGUAGAUGGAUAGUUUGUUUUGCGACUAUAAAAAUAAUCACUCAUAAAUUAUGCCUUACCUUUUUUUUUGCGGUGAUAGAGAUUCCGUCACGGAAGUAAACUUGUAACAUCUUGAAGAAGUAGUAUUCUACAUACAUAUAGUGUGUAUAUAGGUACAUGUACACUGAAAUGAAUUAUGAAUUUCUUAUGCGGAAAAUGUAUGUUAAUGUUAAUGUAAUUCAUUUUUUCCUUUUUUUGUUACGAUUUAAGUAAUGUUGUGUGUUUUUGACUUGACAAAUUUGAAAUGAUUACAACUUUACUUUAGUGUGCUUGCUUUCCAACAAUAAACACGUCUUGUAGCAAAAAUUAAUAACUCAGUUUUCUUUUGUAGAAGAACAGAGAGAGAUUUAAUAUAUAUUAAAAAAAAAAAAAUUGAGAAACUAUGCCAAAUUACAAAUGUGCAAUCUUUAUGUGGUCUAUCUUAUAUUAUUUUGUCGAGAACAUCUCGAACAGGGUAGCGCACAGUUCAAAUUUUUCUAAAGAAGAAGACAGAUUCCUAAAAAGGAGAGAGACACGUAUACUUUUUUGCGAAAAAUUCAAUUAAAGUUAUUUAUAAAAUACAGGUGUUCUCAAACUAAUAAGAUCGCUCUCUUGUGACAUUUCAAAUCUACUUCGUGGAAUGAACAACUUAUCCGAGAUAGCUAACUCUGCACUGGAAAGUUCAUUCCAAUGCUCAGAGAACGGCCACAGAAACGAGACUGCUUACGCAUUAUUUCUUUCUUUAAUGAUGAUUUUUUCUCGUCUUAAGUUUCUGUCGCUUUUUUCAUUAUUCUCAUUGGAUUGAGCAUUCUAGUACAUACCACGUAUAACAGAGCAGUUUAUUGAUCUAAAAUAUGAAAACAACUUAAACCGAAAAGGAAUUGAUUCGAUUUGUUUUAAUAUAUUUUUAAAUAGGUGUAAAUAAAAUAAUACAGGGAAUAACAAAUGUAGAGAUAUUGUUAUUACGUUGCAUUGUAAGUAACCGGACUUUUUUCGAGUUUUUCUUCAACUUUUAGAAUCAUAUAUUUCACCUGGUAUUUUUUUCAAGUUAAAAUGUCUUUUGAUCUCUUAUAUAUCAAUGUAUUUAUUCUUAGUGAGGCACUUAUUCUUUUCAUUAAUAUCUGAUGUGUGUUAAAGGGCAUUUUAGCGUAAAAACUCAUCAAUAACUACAUCAUGAAAUGACAAGCAUUGAAUAUAUGAUACUUUUAUACAUAUAUAUAUAUAUAUGUAUUUAAUUCUCCGUUUAAUAUAUGUUAUAAUCAAAGACUGAAGCAUGGGCGGUCCUAGGAUUGACUGGUCAAUGCGCGGAACGACCAAGUGUUUUGAUCAAAGCCCGAAAUAGUUGUGUGUUUCGGCUUUUAACUGGUGUGUUUUUAGUUAAUCCUAGGAGUGACUAACAGCUGACUAAAGUUAAAAUAAAAAUCACUUCGGACUUUUACUAGUCAAUUUUAGAUGUGAGUUAAUUCGGAUUUGGACCAUUUCGGACCAUUUUUACCAAAACGCUUAGUUGUUCCGCACAUUGACCAGUCAAUCCUAAGACUGCUUGUGUUUCGGACUUUGACCAUAACAUAUUUAACUCUACAAAUGUUUAAAUAUAUUGUCCAAAUCAAUAUAUAUAUAUAUAUAUAUAUACAUAUAUAUGUACUUAUCAUGAUUCUUGUCGCCGUAUAUUAAAACGAAGAUACGAAACAUGUUUAAUUUAGCCACAUUAUAAGUACUUUACGGAUUAUUUUAAAUUUUAUAAGAAAAGGGUUUUAAACAUGAAAUAUUAAGUUUUACCAGAAUUACUGUAUAUCAAAUAUAAAAAAAAAAUAAACACGUCUGUAUAAAAGAUUUAUCUGAAACACUUGUAAAACGAAAAUAUUUUCGAUGUUGAACGAUAUGAAAUCAGCACGGUCGAGAAUUUUGUGAGAUUAUUAUUUGAAAUUUUUCAAAUAUACAUUUGUAAGAAUGUGUGUGCCUACAAAAUAACUUUAUAUACACUAUUUUCUCUAUUCCUAUUAUAUAAAAUGUAUGUACGACGAGAUGUGGAAUUCCUUGGUAGGACAGAUAGUAAAACAUUAAAAAAUAGUACAAAAGUUUAA